AUGCAACUAUAUCUCGUUUCCCUUUUGGCCGUUGUCAGCCCCCUUCUUGCUGCUCCCCUCGCAGGGCGAAAUUCUUACCCUGGUAAUGAUCUCCCUGCAUGGGAUCAUGGCGCAGUCACUCAAUACCCUAUCCAUGAUUCCUGCAACGUCACUGAAAGGCGGUUGAUCGAGAGAGGACUUCAAGACGCCAUCACCCUAGCCAACCACGCAAAAAAGCACGUUCUCCGCUUCAGCAAUAGCUCUUCCAUAUACCGGAAAUACUUUGGUAAUGCUCCCUCAGGAGAAGUUAUUGGCAACUUGGACAGAAUCGUCAAUGCCGAUAGGGCGAAAACUCUAUUCCGCUGCGACAAUCCCGACGGUAAUUGCAAAUUACCAAAAUGGGGUGGUCAUUGGCGGGGGUCUAACGCUACCGGUGAAACCGUGAUCUGCCCGCUGUCAUAUACAACUCGGCUAUUCCUUGAGCACUUCUGUACAAGAGGUUACACCGUUGCCGGUUCACCUCUCAAUACAUACUUCGGUACCGACCUGCUGCACCGGCUGUACCAUCUCCCUGCAAUCGGAGAGGGCCAUAUCGAACAUUUCAGCGAUUCAUACGAGGAUGUGCUCGAGCUCGGAGCCCAUAACUCUUCUUUUGCCGUCCGUGAUAGCAAUGCCCUCCAAUAUUUCGCUGCGGACGUGUAUGGUUUUGACAUAGCCGUUCCGGGAAUUGGAUGUGCAGGGACUCCUUCCCCAAAGCCAAGUACUACCUCGCAACCUCCAGCGACAACGACAGCCGCUGUGCCACCUGGUUGUCAUACACAUGACGGUGGUGUCAUUCAUUGCCCUUGA